AUGGACGAGGACGGAGGAGCAAGCUCGGAUAUUAUUGGAUCUGGCCAAGAAGUGGGACGUUCUUGCCAUCUUCUCCAUUUCAAAGGGAAGAAGAUUUUGCUGGACUGUGGUGUACAUCCUGGGAUGCAUGGAGUAGAUGCUCUCCCUUUUGUUGAUUUCAUAGAUAUCGAAGAAAUCGAUCUUCUUCUG